AUGAAUCGAUUGCCUUGUCUUCGUCCAAAACAAAGUUUCAAUUCAAUUGAAUAUAAAAUUGAUCAAUCGCAAAUUUCAUUUCUAUUAUCAUCGUCAAUUUCAACAAAAUGUUCUUCAUCUUCACCAACUUUAGUGACAUUUCCAUUAAAUAUCAUUUUGAAAGAUAUUUUAAAAGAAGAACAUGUUCAACAAUUCAUUUCUGAACAUUUUUCUUCAACAAAUGAAAAACCUCUGAAUAAAAUUUAUUUUGAACUUCACGGUAAAAUCUUAAAUGAAAAUUUGGAAUUCAAUUCGAUUAUUGAAAAAGAAGAUUUAUUGUUAUUUGUGAAUAAUUUUCAAUUGAAAUUUCAUCAAAGUGAAAAUGUGGAAUUGGAUUCGAAAAUUGUGAAUCAAUUUCGUGAAAGUUUAAUUCAUCGUCUUCCAAUUCUAAAUGGAUGUCGAAUUCAAACAAAUCAACAUCGAAUUUAUCCAAAUGAAAGUUUAGAUUUACUAUUUGAUACUUUCGAUGGACAAUUAAAUUAUUUAACGAAAUAUUUAUUAUCACAUUUUGGUGAAAGACAUGAAUUCUCGAUUUAUGAUAUUCAAAAACAAAUGAAUAUCAAAGAGAAACAAUGGAAUGAAUGGGAAAUGGGUAUUUAUCGAAUGCAUGGAGAUGAAAAUGGAACGAUUAACAUCGCUUUAGCUUCAGAUUGGGGAGCGGGAACACUCGAAUCAGCACUUGUGGCUCGUGCAAUGGUUAAUGGAUUAGAUUUAACAAUUCCUCAACAAAAUGCAACAAAAGAUUUACCUGAUUAUACAAUUCAUUUAGGUGAUAUUUAUUAUGUUGGUUUACCAAGUGAAAUUCAACAUUGUUGUCUUGGAAGAAAACCUGAAUGGGCUGAUCAAGGUGUUCGAUGGCCAAUUGGAAAAUAUGGAAGUUUUACAAUACCAGGAAAUCAUGAAUUUUAUAGUCGAGGAUUUGGUUAUUAUGAUUAUUUUCUACCAAAUCUUGGAUUAUUUCAUCCUGAGAAUUUAACUGAACCAAUUCAUUCACAAAAAACAUCUUAUUGGCUUUUAGAAAAUGAUCAAUGGAGAAUAAUUGGAUUAGAUACUGGUUAUGAUUCGUUUUCUUUAUUAAAUAUUGAUAAUUCAUCUAUUAAAUUACCUGAUCAAUUAAUGAAUUGGUUAAGAAAUAUUGUUGGUCUUCAUUCACAAAUGAAUGAUAAACGAGGAUUAAUCUUUUUCUCUCAUCAUCAAGUUUUAAGUGCGUGGAAUGAAAAACCAAAUACAGAUUUUCAAUCUCAAAUUGCAUCUUUAUUACCAGAAGGACGAACCAUUUUAUUUUUAUGGGGUCAUGAACAUCGUUUGAGUUUUUAUGAAAAACAAACAAUAAAAACUUCAUCGAAUCAUAGUUUAACAUUUUAUGGUCGUUGUAUUGGAAAUUCAGGUUUUCCAACUUUAGCGAAAGAACUUCCAAAGAAAUCUCGUGAAACCAAAUUAUUAUUUUAUGAUGAUCGACUUUAUCAUUUUCAUAAUAAUUUACUUUUACCUGAUCUUCCUUUAGGUUAUAAUGGAUAUGCAACAAUGAAAUUUAUAAAUACAGAUCAAAUAUCUUUGAUUGUUCAAUAUAAAACAUUAAGUUUAACAAAUGAUGGACAGUUGACACAUGAAAAUCCAACUUUACUUCUUGAAGAACAAUGGUCUGUUGAUACAAAUGGAAAUGUUCUUUUAAAUAAUAUUCAAUCUUUUAAUAAUCAACUUACACGUACUGUUCAUUCAGAUUCAAUUCAACCAAAAACUAAACGACCAACUUGUUGUACAACGCUGUAA